AUGCCAGACGCCCUAGCGGAAGUGGAGCCAAAGGCUGCCCAUCUCCAGGUUGCUGAAAAUACUUUGACCACCGAGGCGGAGAAGGGCAAGAAAAAACCCCGGUUUAUGAAGACGGUUCCCGUUAGCCUGAUCAAGUUCCACGCUUUUCAAAAAACAGAAAAAGGUCAGGCUGGGGCCACACCCCCUGUCGUGAAGAAGACAAAAGAAAAUUUGGAGGGGCCCUGGGGCUUGGGCCGUAUAGUUUUUCCCGGGUGUCAGCGGUUCAACAACAUCCAUUGCUUCCUGGUUUUCUACUGCCUCCUGAUCACCUCUCAAGGUGUUGUGUUUGGUCUCAUAGAUCUGAGCAUUGACACUUUUGGGAAGGACAAUCAUCUGAACGACAUGGGGAAUUUAUUGUUGUCUUUGACUUAUGAUAUUUCAUCUUGCCUGAUAGUAGUGUUUAUAUCAUACUAUGGAGGGAAAGGAAACAUACCAAGAUGGAUUACAUUUUCCUCCUUUUUAGUAGGAUUUGGAUCACUUUUAUUUGCUUUUCCAUACUUUAGUGGUGGAGAUCAUAAAGCAAGUGUAGUCACUGGAGAUAUUUGCCAAGAAAUGAAGACUAACAAGGUUUGCAAUAAAGCGGUACCAUCAUUCCAAACAAAAUUUAUAUCUUCCUUCAUCCUGGGGCAGAUUCUGCAGGGAGUAGCAGGAAUGCCUCUUUAUAUCCUUGGAGCAGUCUUUAUUGACAACAGUGUUACCACACACUCAGCUGGUAUUUAUCUAGGCAUAGUGGAAGCUUCAGUAGUACUCGGAUAUUCUUUGAGUUAUGUGAUAGCAGCAACCCUUAUUAAGGGCUCUGAGAACAGAACUUCUGGAACUAGUACUACAUUGAACAACAGUGACAGUGAUGUGAUUCAAAGCUGGCUGCAGCAUUGGUGGAUUUAUUUUGGUUUGGUUUCACUUAUUGCAUGGUCUACAUUAAUACCAUUGUCAUGCUUCCCACACAGUGUACGAGGUACAGCAAAGAUAAAAGCUGAGAAGCGUAAACAUCCUCAUCCAUUUGAUGGAAAGAUUAAAGAUCAGGAAUUUGGAAUUAGUAUCAAGGAUUUAUUUGCUACUAUUUGGGUUCUGUUGAAGAAUCCAAUAUUUACAUGCCUAGCUCUGACCAAAGCUUCAGAAUCUUUAGUUUUUAUUGGAGCUUCUGAAUAUUUGCCUAUAUAUAUAGAAAAUCAGUUUUUAUUAACACACUCUACAGCAACUAAAAUUGCAGGAUUUGUUUUGCUUCCAGGAGGUGGACUUGGCCAGCUUCUGGGAGGUGUCAUUGUUUCCACGUUACACAUGUCUUGUAAAGCCCUUAUGAGAUUUAUAAUGGUUACAUCUGUUAUAUCACUUAUAUUCUUUGGGUUUGUAAUUUUUGUACACUGUGAUCCAGUACCACUUGCUGGGAUCAAUGAAGAUUAUGACGGAACAGGACAGUUGGGAAACCUGACAGCUCCUUGCAAUUCUCACUGUAGAUGCUCAUCUUCGUUUUAUUCUGCUAUCUGUGGAAGAGAUAAUACUGGAUAUUUUUCUCCUUGCUUUGCAGGCUGUACACAAUCCAAAACAUUAAAUGGCCGCCAGGCAUACUACAAUUGUUCUUGUAUCCAAGCAGGAUUAGCAACCUCAGAUGGUCAAGGUGAUUUUAUUGAUGCUAGACCUGGGGUGUGUGAUACAAAGUGCUAUAAAUUGCCUUUGUUCAUUGCUUUUAUCUUCUCUACAAUUUUAUUUUCUGUUUUUUCUGGUAUACCAUGCACCCUGACCAUCCUUCGGAUUGUAUCAGACAAUCAACGUUCUUUGGCCCUGGGUUUGACAUAUGUGAUUUUGAGAAUAUUCGGGACGAUACCUGGACCAAUACUUUUUAAAAUGUUAGGAGAAACUUUUUGUAUCUUUCGGGAGACUGAAUACUGUGGAAAAAAAGGAAAUUGUUGGAUCUAUAAUAAGAUGAAAAUGGCUUACCUUAUGGUAGGAAUAUCUGGCGGCGUCCGGGCCGGGCCGCACACCCGCGCCCCGCAGUCCAGUAGACCCCCGCGGCAACAGGUGAGGCGCGGCCGAGCGCCAAUCACACCGCCAGCGGGCCCGGCGUCCGCGCUCCGCGCUCUAGGCGGCGGCAAACUCGAAGAGGAGGGUCCCCGGCGGCUGCGCGGCGGCGGCGGAGGCGGCGGCGGCGGCGGCGCGGCGCUUUAG